AUUCAACUUACCUUACGCUUCUACGCGUCGCCGCAGGGUUUCGCACACUUCACUCUCCUUUAUUACAGAAUCGCACAUCUGGCACGCGUCGAAACCAUGUCCUGUGCGAUAUGCCUAUCCAAGUUGGAAGAACCCGUGUCCAUACCAUGUGGACAUGUCUACUGCUCAGAGUGUCUCACACAACAUAUAUCCGUGACUAGUACCGAUGGCUUCAACUCAACAUGCCCCGCGUGCCGCGAACCUUUCAGUAUUCUGCGUCCUGAUCCAAACGCGCUUCCAAAGAAACUACAUCCUUUCCUACACUCUACACUGCGUCGCCUCUUCAUAGAACCUCCUCCCCCUGCGCCGUCCUCGUCGUCCCUCAAAAAGAAACUCGCGAGUGCUCAUGCUCACGUGGAAGCACUGGAAGCAGAUAAAGAACGUCUCAUGGACGAAUGUGAGAGACACAUGGCUGCUGCGAGUGCUCACUCCCGAGGGGAGACAGAGGCAGUGAAGAAAUUAACGGCUCUGGAGAAUUUGUUAACACGAGAGCGGCAGAAAUGGGCCAGAUGGGAGGAUGAGAGGGAGGAGGAAACGAUCAACAACAACAGAGUGUUCGCCGAGCUCAAAGCCAAAUAUGACCAUCUGAAGAAAAAGAACAAACUCUUGGAGGCAAAAAUGAAGACGGACAAUGAUAUCCCCCACUCUGUUGCCGAUCUGACUACCAUGUUGCUCAAACGCACGAACUCCUCGACCGUGGACGAGGCGUCCACUCCCAAACGGAUUCGUGUCAUCAGGCCAUUGCCACGCACUCGUCUGAGCCUCCCAGCUCCGACACCACUGCAAACGCCAGCAGGAAGGGCUAAUUGUGACCUUGGUUCCCCGUUCAGAACCUAGUCUUCGAAGAUAGUCUUGCAUUGACAUCGGUAGCAUAUACUGUGCUCAUCUAACUUGCCUAUAGAUCAAACUGUGAAUAUAGUGGGAUGGAUCUCGCGAGAGUUUACUGGCCUCGAUCUCCUUGGACGAAGCGGACGCAUCCUGCACCGUUGUCCAGCUCUCAGAUUCGCGUGGUAUGCUCGUGAGGACGCAAGGAAGUGUUCAGGUGUCAGGCCGGAAUCGGGCAUUCGCGCAAAAGCACCGUUCUUUAGUGCUCGCGCUUUGAAUGGUUUAACACGUUGGGCGACAUAGGGUUUGAGCUAUUGAGUUGCCGGAAGCUAGUGAGCUUAGGUAUGAGAUAUUGUUUGCGACACGCACCUCAGAAUUUAUAAUCUCGUCUAUGGGAGGGGCCACAAAUACCCUCACUUUGUCCUCCAGCAGCUGGUAUCCCGGUCGUUUGUUGACGUGCACACCAGGUGCACCUGUGCGAUGACCAGUAAGUGCAGCUUGACGAUUCCCUGUUCACCAGAAACAUUCAUAAUGAGAAUUUCGUGGCGUGAACACGAAUGCGACAGACCCUUAUAGUAGUCUUUGUUAGCACGGAACGACUUCAAUGGCCUACGAGACGCAAAGCGAAAUCGGGCGGCAGUGGGAAACAUGGCAAAAGUUUUGGAAGCGGGUCACGUACCUGUCACAUCACGACUUCAUUCCGCUUCAAGCUGAUCACUCACUCGCUCUCGAUCUCGCAUACAUAAACUUGACCUGGUCCGAAAGAGUCAUGGGGAAGAAACCUGCCUCAAACGCAACUUCCUCCAAACGCGGAAAGGGAAGGACCUCCAAUCGUGGCCGUGGAGUCACCCACGGCGGGCGGGGCGGAAAACACACAAUCUAUGAAGGGUUCGGUGAUAGACCUGAAAGUGCUGUAGAUCAGAUCGAGGACGAAGGGGAGAGAGAAGAUUCUUCAGAGGAAAGUGGAGAAGAACUUGUUACGAUCGCCGUUCCUGUAGCGAUGUGGGAUUUCGACCAUUGCGAUCCACGGCGCUGCUCCGGGAAAAAGCUUGCGCGUUUAGGUCUUAUCAAAGAACUCAAAGUUGGUGCUCGGUUCAGAGGAAUUGUUGUCUCGCCGAAGGGCACCCAAGUCAUAAGCCCUGCAGAUCGGGACAUCGUCGAGAUAGGCGGACUCGCAGUCGUUGAAUGCUCAUGGGCGCGCCUGGACGAGAUCCCCUUCGGAAAGAUCGCAAGUCCGCACGAACGGCUAUUACCUUAUCUCAUCGCCACGAACCCGGUCAAUUAUGGCAAACCAUGGCGACUCAACUGCGUCGAGGCUCUUGCAGCGGCCUUCUACAUCACCGGUUUCGAUACCUAUGCCGAGCGGUUGUUGUCGGGAUUUGGAUGGGGUGGUGCGUUCUAUGAGGUCAAUCGCGACCUAUUGAGUCGCUACAAGACCUGCGCAAGUUCGUCCGAAGUAACCGCAGCGCAGGAGGAAAUCAUCGAGGAGCUUGAGAAGAGCUACCAGCAGUCGAGGAUUGAAAAAGAUCGUGCAGCCGAGGAUGGGGGAGACCUGCUAGUUGCUAAUCCAAACCAUAUCCGGCCCGAUUCCGACCUCGACGCGGAGCCGGGAUCCGAUGAUCUUGAAAGUCCGGAGCACGGCUUGUCGGAGAGAUUGCAAGAGCUGCGAGUGUAGUAAUCCCACGUCGCAGAGAUCCGUGAAGUUAGCUUCUCACUCGAAUAUGCAUUACGCCCGAUAGGAUGAAUGUUCCCGCACUAUCCUCCACGGAAGUCAAUCUCCAGUUUUGCGACCAAGUAAUCAGCUCUUGAAUGUCCAAUUCCAUGACCUCACGGUCGGCAAAGAUGGCGCGUGACUUUGACUGAUCACCACCAACCGGCUUUUCGGUUUAUCACAAAACCACAAUCACCUGAAUGUUUGCUGCCGGGUCAAUGCUUAUAUGACCCGUAGUCGCUUCCCCAGAACCCACGCGUCGCUUGGUCUCGUCCUCCUACAAAAACUAAACCGACACCCAACUUGAGCUUGAAGCGAAUCACAACAUGUCCGUCAUCUCUACACCCAUCACCGAGCUAUUCGGUAUCAAGCACCCCGUCUUCCUUGCUGGCAUGAACGUCGCAGCCGGCCCAGCUCUGGCUGCCGCGGUCAGCAACGCCGGAGGUCUCGGGGUCAUCGGUGGGAUGGGUUACUCGCCCAAGAUGCUGCGCGGGCAAAUCCGGGAAAUCAAGAAGGACCUAAUCGACCCCAGUCUCCCAUUCGGUGUUGACCUGCUCAUCCCGCAGGUCGGGGGCAACGCACGCAAGACCAAUUAUGACUACACCAAGGGACAGCUGGCUGACCUCAUCGAGGUCAUCAUCGAGGAGAAGACAUCUCUCUUCGUGUGUGCUGUGGGUGUUCCCCCCAAGUUCGCCGUGGACCGCUUGCACCAGGCUGGUAUUCCCGUUAUGAACAUGGUCGGCCACCCCAAACACGUCGCCAAGGCUCUUGAAGCCGGGGUCGACCUCAUCUGCGCUCAAGCUGGCGAGGGCGGUGGACACACCGGUGACAUCCCUGCUAGCAUCCUUAUCCCCGCGUGUGUCGAUGCCGUCAAGGGCCACAAGUCCCCGCUGAACGGCAAGCCCAUCUACGUCAUUGGCGCCGGUGCCGUGUAUGACGGGCGUGGGCUAGCAGCGAACCUGAUGUGGGGAGCCGAAGCCGUGUGGGUCGGCACGCGAUUCGUCGCGUCAGAAGAGGCCGGUGCUCCGCAAAAGCACAAGGACCUCGUCGUUGGCGCUGGCUACGAGGACGCCGUGACGACUCUGAUCUACACGGGUCGGCCGCUGCGUGUUCUGAAAACGCCUUACAUCGAAGAAUGGAACACAACGCGUAUGCCUGAGCUCAAGGCGCUCACCUCCAAAGGUCUGCUCCCGCACGAAGAGGAGCUGAAGAAGCGCCCUGAGAUCUCGAUGUCCACCCGUCCGUGGUUGAUGGGCCGUGUUGCGGCAAUGAUUCACGAUGUGCUACCUGCGAAGACGAUUGUGGAAAACAUGGUCACCGAUGCGGCCAAAAUGUUAUCUAGGGGGAGUGGAUAUCUGACCGCCAAGGCCAAGCUGUAUAAUGCCCCUCGCAGACACGGUCACCUGACCGUGAAGAAUAUUUCAGAAUCAUCAUGCGGUGAUUCGACGGACUCGGAUAACCCCACGCUACUGACUUCGAUGUACAGCACCUCAUCGAUAUUCCUCCAGGCCCUCUCUGACGCCGGUAUUACUCACCUCUUUGUGAACUGGGGAUCCGAUCAUCCCGCCCUCUUAGAAGAGCUUCAACGUCAACGAGCACAGAGCACGGAUGGGAAGACGGCGUGUGAAAUUGUGACCUGCCCCAAUGAGAUGGUCGCACUUUCCGCCGCGCAAGGAUAUGCCCAGAUCUCCGGGAAACUGGCAGCGGUGAUUGUUCAUGUCGAUGUUGGGACUUUGGCACUCGCUGGCGCGAUCCACAAUGUUGACCGUUCUAGAACACCGGUCCUGAUUUAUUCAGGCGCAUCGCCCUUCAGCAGUGGGGGAGAGUUGAAAGGCGGUCGAAAUGAAUGGAUCAUGUCUAUCCAAGGUGGCCGGCUGUCGAACCAGCAGCGCUCUCCCAUAGAGAGACCAACGUUCACUCGAGCCGCAUCGAUCAUCGCGCAAGCCCUCUGCAACGCCCGCUCUCCGCUGAUCAUCACCUCUCAUUCCGGACGCAGCCCCGCCAGCAUCCCUCUCCUGUCGGAGCUCGCCUCGACUUUGGCAAUUCCGAUCGUGGCCGUCUGUCCCUCCGCUGUCCCUGUCCCCUUCUCUCAUCCGUGCUUCCUCGGCACCACCUUUCUGAAUGGUGCCACUCACAACCCUCGUGUUGCGACCGCGGACGUGGUGCUUGUGCUGGACUCGGAUAUCCCAUGGAUCUCCGCGGCACAGGCUCCGAGCGAAAGUGCUCGCAUCUUUGUGAUUGAUUCUGGAGAUCCGCUCAAGACUGUGUCGGCAGUCGGCCAGUGGCAUGUCGAUGCCGAGCUCAUGUGCAACGCGGACACCGUUCUGGCGCUGCAGGAUAUCUUAUCCUUGAUUGCGCAACUCGAGAGGGACAAGGAGAUCGUCGAAGAACGGAAGGUUUCUGUCUUCUCUGAGCAUGAGAGCUGGUUGCGGAGGCUAGACACCCUCGAAGGUGCAUGGCCUGAACAAGGGUUUUCGGUCCCCAAUAUUCUCGGCGUCUUGCGCAAAGCAAUCGAAUCGCAGACAACUUUGGCACAGACUGUAGUGCUGAAUGAGAGCAUCAGCAGCUAUACUUCCGUCUGGGAUCACAUGCGCACUGAAGUUUCAGGAGGCCAAAUCACCAGCGGAGGGUCGUCACUCGGCUGGGCGCUUGGUGCGGGUGUCGGGGCAAAGAUGACGGACAUAGGGAAGAGCAAGCUGGUGGUGCUGGUGGUCGGAGAUGGAUCGUUCCUCUUCGGCGUCCCGAGUUCUGCAUAUUGGAUGGCGAGGAGAUACGACGCUCCCUUUCUGACGGUAGUAUUGAAUAACGGAGGGUGGAAAUCUCCCAAGUUGUCUAUGCUCGCUUGUCAUCCUCAGGGUCACGGGAGCAUGGCCUCCGGAGCAGAUUUGUCUGUUGGGUUCGGGCCGUACUCGCCUGAAUUUGCACAGAUUGCAGUAGCUGCGUCCGCGGGCUGGGCUUGGGGCAAAAAGAUUGCAGGCAAUGGACAUCAGUCGGAUUUGGAGAAGGGUCUUGCCGAAGCAGUUCGAGCGGUGAUAGAAGAGCGCAGAUGCGCAGUGGUCGAUUGCGUCCUUGAAUCUGUGUAAUCCCGGCCAUCGAGAUGAAUGUGACAAUGACAAUGACAGUUGACCACAGUAGGCUUGCAUAGCAGGGCUUGAUGAACCAAUCAUCAGACUUAGAUGAGAACCGUCACUCGCGCAACUCGAGGCAAAUCGAGAUUCAACUGCUACCGCAUAUCGAUUAUGUCGCUGUGAUCUGGAGAGCGUCUGUAGCUCUUUCUACUUCAUUUGCAAAAACUUUGCAAAAGGCUUCCAUCUCCCGGUGUACCCUGCCCCGGCACACUGCACACUGCCCCAUUGCCUUGUCUAUCGCGCUAUUCACCAAAUCUGAGUGGAUCUCGACUGUCUCGCCCACCGGUCUCUCUUUCAGGGCUACCGCCGCCUCGCCGAUGAAAUCCGUCCACCACUUGGACGCCCACUUGCGCCGAUCGGAUGAAAUGACGACCACUGCGAGGCCGCGGCAGGCGGUGCAUUCGAACCACGGGGAAUUCUCUUUGAUGAUCCACCGCAGAUUGCGAGCGACGGCCUCUGCGGCGUUACCGCAUCGCACGUGGAAGCUGUGGAGGCGGAGAUAGUCGCCUGCCGUGAUACAUUCCAGCUCCGGCGUGUACGCCUGUUCGAGUAAGGGGGUGCGCAAGAAGGCUCGGGCGCAACGCCGUGUCUCCUCGCUGAUUGCGAGGCCGCGGUCGCGCUGGGCGUGGAGUGCGACUGCGUAGCCGCCCAAGGAUAGCGGGAGCAGGUGAUGAGUAAGCAAGUGCGUACGAGCGAUCUUCUCGGGCCCAUCCAUACAGUACUUCUGAGCCGCCUGUACUACGCCGAGGCAAGUCUCAAGAUCGGACAAGAGUGUCACGCGACAGCGGGCAUCGUCCCACGGCGGAUAGCACAGGCGCAGCAGCGGAUCCACCACUUUGCUGUCUUCGGGGACUGGAAUGAUGGGAAUCAUGUCGUGGGAUGGUGUGCUCAGGAUGGAGCAAUUAUCUGAACGAUAGUAUUUUCUUGGUUGCGGCAGGGACAAGACCGCAGGCCACACACUUUCGACAGAGCUGCGCCGAAGCAGAACUUGAUGUGUCCGAUACUCGAAGCCGUCGGAGGAACGGAUGACGACGUCAGCCUUCUCGUCGUCAAAGGGCGGCUCGUUGACUGCGAUGUAAGUUGGAUCGCUCAUUGGUGGGUCAAUGAAUAUGCAGCAAGCUAGCAUAUAUAGCUCUCUGAGUCUUUUCUUUCGGUAUGUAAUAGAAACGGCGUGCGGCGAAU